AUGACAUCUACAGAGGUUAGAUACACUCCUAUCAUGAAAUUGUGUCUGGCUUUGUUUUUUGCCUGCACUAAGUUAAAACACUAUCUGCUUAGUAAUAGAGUCUAUGUGGUGUCUCAAACCGACUUGAUGAAAUAUAUGCUAAACAAACCUGUUUUAUCAGGAAAUAUUGGAAAGUGGUUAUUAAGUUUGGCAGACUUUCAUUUGAUUUAUCAUCCCCAGAAGUCGGUCAAAGGUCAGGCUCAAGCAGAUUUCCUAGCCGACCACCCAUGUAUAAACCUAGGAGAUGAAAGUAAAUUUGACUUACCGGUUUUUAUGAAUGAACAUAGACCUUGGAUGCUUAAAUUUUAUGGGUCUAGUACAGAUAGGUCUACGGGUGCUGGAAUCAUAAUAGUAUCACCUUCUGGAGCUAAGACCUCCUUGUCUUUUAAUCUUGACUUUGAAUGUACAAAUAAUCAAUCUGAAUAUGAGGCUUUGAUUAUUGGAUUAGAAAUCCUCCUAGAUCUAGGUGCUAAAAAGGUCAAAAUAAUUGGAGAUUCUCAAUUGGUUAUUCGACAAGUGUCUGGCGAAUAUAAAUGCAUGAGUUACUCUUUAACUUCUUAUUAUGCUAUUGCUAUACAGUUAAUAGAGAGUUUUGAAGAGGUUGAAUUAGUACAUGUUCCUAGAGAGGAAAAUUGGGAGGCCGAUGAAUUAUCACAGCUAGCAUAUGGCCUACAUCUGUCGGAGGAGUUAACCCACCGACUAGUAAUGGUACAAAGAAAAACUCACCCUUCAAUUUUUAAAAGAGGAGUACAACUAGAUAUUUUUAAUAUUGAUGAUAACUUAGUACAGGAUUGGAGGAGAGAUAUUAAAAAGUACCUGAAGAAUCCUAGUAAGAAGAUGAUGUAUAAAGUAAGAGUGAGAGCUGUUAACUACGUGCUCAUAGAAGAUGUUUUAUACAGAAGAGGAUUCGACAACCUAUUGCUAAGAUGA